CGUAACCGCUGUCAGUCCGCAACUUGGCACGGCGGCAGCGCGUUUAUUCGUACGAAUAUUAUCGGUGUCGUAUAAGCGCGAGUUUCAACUCCGACCCCUUUUUCCUCUUGUUUCUUUAGCUUUUUAUUUUUCUUUCCUUUUUUUUUUCUUUUCUUUCCUUUUAUUUUCUCUUCUUUUGUUUUAUUUCUUUCUUUCCUUUUUUUAAAUUUUCGUUUCGUUUCAUUCAAUUUGAUUUACCCUAGUCUAUUGUUUGAUACGAUUUCGUAAAGUCACGAGGAGAGAAAGGAGGAGUCAAACGAAAACAUCGUGUCUCCGUAGCCGAUUUAUAAAAUCGUGACGAUUCGUCGUCGGCCCACCGUGCCUGACAACUUGUCUUCGUUCGUUCAUCGAGCAGUUCGUGCAAAUCCGAGAAAAACUUGGCACAAGACGAAGGUUCAUGAAGGGACAAAAAUUCGUCGAAGAAUUUCUCAAUCAACAGUGACGCGAGAGAGAAGAAGAGAGUGUGUGUUCGAUUGUUCAGAAAGAGACGAUUACGUGAGAUAACUGCUGUCUUCGGCCGAUCGUCCGGAACUCGUGGAUCUGGUCGUGAAAAUCUACGCCCUUGAUUCUGACCUCAGGAAGAUAUCUUACAAAGGUUCUCUUGGCAAAGAGCAAGAAAAAUGUCGAUUGUAAUGCAGUACGUAGACCGGCUACACGAGAUACUCGACAAAAAUGCAGAUCAGAGAACAACGGACUGGUUCAUGAUGAGUUCACCAUUCCCCACUCUGUUUAUCUGCCUGAGCUAUGUAUACGGAGUAAAAGUUUUGGGUCCAAAGCUAAUGGAGAAUAGGAAGCCCUUUCAGUUGAAGAACGCCCUGAUAAUUUAUAAUCUAUUUCAAAUGGUGUUCUCAGCGUGGCUCUUCUACGAGAGUCUGAUGGGCGGAUGGUGGGACCAAUAUAGUUUCCGUUGCCAGCCUGUGGACUAUAGCAACAAUCCAACCGCGGUGAGGAUAGGAAUGUCCGGAUGGCUGACUGGCGACUAUUCUCUAAGGUGCCAACCCGUAGACUACAGUGAUCGACCCCAAGUACUAAGGAUGGUGCACGCUUGCUGGUGGUAUUACUUCUCCAAAUUUACAGAAUUCAUGGACACGAUCUUCUUCGUACUGAGGAAGAAGAACGAUCACGUGUCGACAUUGCACGUUAUUCACCAUGGUUGCAUGCCAAUGUCAGUGUGGUUUGGCGUUAAAUUUACACCUGGCGGUCAUUCUACUUUCUUCGGACUCUUGAACACGUUCGUUCACAUCGUAAUGUAUACAUACUACUUGUUAGCUGCGAUGGGUCCGAGAUUGCAACCGUAUCUCUGGUGGAAGAAAUACUUGACCGUCUUCCAAAUGAUUCAGUUCAUCGCGGUUAUGAUCCACGCGUUCCAACUGCUCUUCAUCGACUGCAAUUACCCGAAGGCGUUCGUUUGGUGGAUCGGUCUGCACGCGACUAUGUUCUUCUUCCUAUUCAACGAAUUCUACCAGCAAAGUUACCAACAGAGGAGGAAGCCAGUCGUAAACGGCAUGAAAAAGGAUCAUCAGCAGAACCAUCAAGCCAAUGGCGUGACGAACGGUACGAACAGUAAUUCGUCUGGAAGAAGGGAUGCGGCCGAUUAUUACGUGAAAGGCGACAGCCUAGCCGCGUCAGAAUUCAAUCUUAGGAAAUCAUACACGACGACCGAGUGACCCGAUCGCGCUACGUCGUAGCCGUCAUCAAUUCAUCUCGUCUUUUUCCAUCGAUUCCUCGAGUCGCAUCCGGGCUUCGCUCUAUCACCCUUCCAGUCCAAUGAUCCUUUGAGACCAAUGGAGAAAACAUUGAGUACAAAAUUACUCUGUAUUGCGAUUGCGUUGUAGCGUAUAUUUGUGAAAGGAGAUAGAAGGUGAGAGGAAAAGAGUGUGAUACGAAGCAACGUACAAAGGUACUCCCGGAUGUGUUGCGACUCAAUGUCACGGAUCCCUGACCUCGCGACUCAGGUAUUCGUGAUCCUUCUUCGGUUCGCUGUACAUACACCUGCCACGACCGACAAGGUAACUCGUCAUUGAAUCCACCCACCCCCCUCCCUCGCCCCACCCCCUGCAAAGGAGUAUACGCGGGAAGCAAACGAACGAAGAAGCCGCAUCGCCGUUCAUGUAAUCGUAUCUCACGUAAAAAACUAUUUGCAUCGAUGUCUCGAUGAGAUCACGAAUAUAAAAAUAUGUAGAAAAAGUUAAGUUAAAAAGUUACAAAAAAGUAAUUUUCAUCGCCAUCGCAUUACCAAUCAUGGUAAUUCAUAGCGGUAUUACGAUACGCAACGGUAAUUGUAGAAUAAUUGUUUUUAUAGAUCAUAGUGAAAUUGCAGUGUUUUCGCAACACGUCCUCGAACCCCUAGGUAAAAAAGGCCUCUCACCACUUUAAAUCGGCUGAAAUAAUCCGAUUUAAUUUUCCCAUCCUUUCGUGAAAAUGAACAUUGUUAAACAUCAUUUUUUGAUUUACAUACUUUUCAAAUACGUCAGGACGAUAGCUACUUACGAAAUGUUUUUACUGUCAUCGGUUUGUGCGUGGUUCUAAGAUUAUAUAAAAGCAAGAAAUUAUAUAAGAGAGUUAACGGUGAGUCUUGGAUUAAAUUACGUAACAAUGCCACCGACCGUUGUUUUAUUACAUAAUUCGGGAAGAUCUCUUUUGCAUUUUACUAAGAUCACGCGGGUGUUAGAAAAUUCUUACUUCAUUAUUCCAGAAUUUGUGAUCUUAAUUAGGCCGAUCUAUAGUACACAAUCUACGCACUUUCAUACCAAGUUUCACGAUUACAUAAACGGUACGAAACCUGGGCUUAAAUUCAUGUCCGUAUACAAGGUGAGUCAACUAACGUUAACCAAAAAUUUCUCUGUUAAUUUUAAUGAUACAAAAAAUGAUUAAGGAAGAAAAUAUAUCGAUAUAUAACGAAGAAACAUAUAUCGAAAAUAUAUCGUGACGCAAAAAAUUUCUUUCUCAAGAUCAUAACCCAAUAUUUUUUAUGUAAAACGUUUUCUCGUAUUAAUAAAACUAAAAGACAAAUUUUUCGCUUGUGACGUUAAAUGACUCAUUCUAUAAAGAAUUGUAUAUCAGAAAUAGCAAGUUUCCCAAUGAUACUGAUUUUAAACAUAUUUUAAAUAUUUCUAAUUCUGUGAAUAUUUUAUUUUCACAACUCAGGCAUAUCCGUUAUAAAUCGAUGUAUAAAAAUUACUUUCGAUCGAACAUGUAUCAUCGAUACCGGCGUAUACAUAUAUUCGAUUUCGAGAGAUACUUCAUCUACGUGGCAGCCGUAGGUACAGUGUAACAUAUUCAGCAUUGUACAUAAAAUACAUCAUCUAUUCAAUAUGUUCGACUCAAAAGCCAUUCAGCUGAAAUUAAAAGGAGAAAACGGAAAAAAUGUAAGGUAAAGGAAAUAUGUGCGAAGCAAUAAAUCAAGACAGUGUACAAAACUAAUCAUUUAAGCUAUAAGAAUGACUACUAAUCGAUGAUGAGAAUGAUUUAAUGGUUUAAUCGACAAUGAAUAACCAAUUUUGUAUAUUUAAGAUUUUUCACUGAUUGGCUUUUAUGCCGACUAUAUUAUAGGCAUCGCGAAGUCGCGCAAAGCUAAGGAAACUCACGUUUUCGAUUACCGAACAUUCAAUCCUUGAAGGGAUAAGAGAGCAACGUCAUCCGUGCCUUGCGAGCAAACUGAUGUGCCUUAAUAUCUGGAAUGUUCUGAUAAUUACGCGCAAUGGUCAUUCAAAGCUCAAUAUAAACAGCGUGGUGAUCUAUCGGCGAAAAUUCAUUAACGAAAAGCAAGAGAUCGCGUUUCAUUUUGUAACACGAUCACUGGCGUCAAAGCUGUGAUUACCAAAAUAUUUCGUCGUGUCACUUGUGAUCUAGACAUUAAGGUUUCAACUCAGAACGCGUCGUCAAACGAGCCGAAUUAAUCAAGAGGUUUUUUAUCGUUUUUUUUGUACGUAUAUCAUGAAAUUAUAUAGGGUUAAAUUGUUGAUCAAAUUUUCCAACAUCACAGUUGUUGAAAUUAUUGUUAGAACUAAGAAUAUCUAGAAACGUUUAUAUUUUCUAGCGCAAACAUCAAGUUCCCGAAUUCCGUACAAAUUUAUUCUAAUACAAUACUUCUAUUUUUCUAAGCGAAUGCUUGUAAUCCAACAGAUUUGUGACGAUGAUCAUUCGUAUAUCCCAUAAAUUAAUGUUUUCUAACUAUGAAAUUUUGUGUGCCUCUCGUACUUGCACGAUGCAACAUUCUUAUCGAUACUUGCUCAUACUUUCUAAAAGAGAAUCACAAAUGUUUGUAUGCCUGAGAAAUUCUUUGUACAUCUAUCCAUAAAAUUACAGCGACUAAGAUACGAUUUCCGAAUUUUGUACCACAGAUAUAAUCAGAUAGUAUGAUGAUACGAUUGGUUUGCACAAAAUGUCCACUUUGUGUUUCGUUCGCUUUGCACAUUUCGUACACUCUGUACAUAGAUAGGAUAGUUUUGUACUGUCGUAAGGAAAGGAAACAAAACUUUUGAAUAACACUUAUUGUGCCACGCGAGAAAGGUCGAAAGUUAAAGAAAACGGCGAAGGAAAAGAAAAGUAAAAGUAGGUAACAUAAAUUAACGUGCGCAUAAUGAUAAUUUAUAUACGAAUCUAUAUCUAGAUAUUACGAAUAAAAAGUUGUUUAAAAAAACGUAUGAAAAAGAA